AUGUGCUUCCUCUCAGACGGCCUGAGCAUCUUCGCUAGGGCAGAAAGUCAAAACUGCAUAGCUCCUCUUGCGUCGAUAGCUCCCAAUUCUGGCGCCCCAUCCUGCCGACGGAGCCCUGCUGCCACCCUCUCAUCCGCAACUUCCCAGCCUCGGUCGGACUCAUUCGUUUGUGAGUCAUUAGACAAGCCCAAGAGCCUACAACAGACCGAGAAUAUGCCGCUUCUUCCGCUAGUCCAACACACCGUGGCCCACCGGUUCUGA